CAGGUGUUUAACAGCGAUCACAAACCGAAAGUGUUUUAAAGACUUCUGGAUUCUGUUCCUACACAAGAUCGUCUGAACUACUGCAAACAGAGACACAUUGUGAUGUCCAGGUCAUGAUGAGCAUCUGAUGGUCUUCAGAGACACAAAGAUCUCAGUGUUGAGCUGUUCAUCUGCAGUAUGUCAGAGAAGAGAGGAAAGAUGAGUCUCUCACAGAAACAGAGUGUAAGAUCAGCAUCACAUGUGUCCAGCUCUGUGUCUGUGAAGAGUGACCGGUCAAAAGAUGGUUUUCCACCGAACUUAAAUGAGAAAAAAGCAUCAUCUACCAAAAGUGUAAGAUCAGGCUCACAUGUGUCCAGCUCUGUGUCUGUGAAGAGUGACCGGUCAAAAGGUUUGCCACCGGACUUCAAUGAGAAAAAAGCAUCAUCUACAAAAAGUAAUAGGGUUCAAUAUGAGACAUUAGAUUCAGACGUCCAGACUCACAGGAACUUCAAAGAAAAUCUCCUGAGGAUCUUCCAGGAUCUUGAAAGCAAAAUAAUCACAUUUCUGAAAAAUGAGCUGGAAAAGUUUAAGAAAAUAUUACAAAAAGAAGACAUACAAUGCUUUGUGAAGGACUUUAAUGAGAACAGAUGCAGUAACAAAGAAGCAGCUCUUGAUCUCACACUCUACUUCCUGAGAGAGAUGAAGCAAGAUGAAGCUGCUGAUACUCUAGAAGAUGAGCUGAUCUUCAUUCAUCAGCUAAAAUGUAGCCUAAAGAAGAAGUAUCAAUGUGUGUUUGAAGGAAUUGCAAAGCAAGGUGACUCUACACUUCUGAAUAACAUCUACACAGAUCUCUAUAUCACUCAGGGUUGUAGUGAACAGGUCAAUACUGAACAUGAGGUAAGACAGAUUGAAGUUGCUUCCAGACGUCAUGAAUCACAGGAGAUACAGGUUGAAUGCAAAAAUUUGUUUGAAGCACCUGAACAAGACAAGCAGAUCAGAACUGUACUGACAAAAGGAGUUGCUGGCAUCGGAAAAUCAGUCUCUGUGCAGAAGUUUGUUCUGGAUUGGGCCGAAGGAAAAGAAAAUCAAGAUAUCAGCUUCAUAUUUCCUCUUCCAUUCAGAGAGAUGAACUUAAAGGAGCAAGAAAAACUAAGUUUGAUGGACCUUAUAACUCAGUUUUUCCCAGAGACAAAAGGACUGAACCUUACAAGAAGAAAUCAAUUCAAAGUCCUGUUCAUUCUUGAUGGAUUGGAUGAAUGUAGACUUCCUGUAAACUUUACAGAUAAUGAGACGUGGUGUGAUGUAUCGUCACCAGCCUCUCUGGAUGUUCUCCUAACGAACCUCAUCAAGGGAAAUCUGCUUCCUUCUGCUCUCAUCUGGAUCACCACCAGACCAGCAGCUGCCAGUAAGAUUCCUCCUGACUGUAUCGACCGGCUGACAGAGAUACGAGGAUUCAAUGAUGCACAAAAGGAGGAGUACUUCAGAAAGAGAUUAAUGGAUGAGAAUCUAGCCAAAGAAAUCAUUGAUCAUGUUAAACAAUCAAAGAGUCUCUUUAUCAUGUGCCACAUCCCAGUCUUCUGCUGGAUUUCAGCCACUGUUCUCCAGAACAUUUUAGAGGAGUCAAAUACUGAAGACACUCCUAAGACUCUGACACAAAUGUACACACACUUUCUCAGAUUUCAGAUCCAGCAGAGCAGACGAAAGUAUGAUGGAGAAUAUACACCAGAUGUUUCCUGGGAUAAAGACGCCAUCUUUUCACUGGGGAAACUGGCAUUUGAUCAGCUGGAAAGAAACAAUGUGAUCUUCUAUGACACAGAUCUGGAAGCCUGUGGUAUUGAUGUCUAUAAGGCAUCAGUGUACUCAGGCAUGUGUACCCAGAUCUUUAAGGAGGAAACGGGGAUUGUUCUUGGUACCAUGUACUGCUUCGUUCACUUGAGCAUUCAAGAGUUUAUUGCAGGCCUUUAUGCACAUCUGUUUCUAGACAUCAACAAGAAAUGUGUGUUUGAUCAAGACUCUACAGAACAUGAAAACAAAAGUGAAACCAUGAUUGAUUUGCUCAAGACUGCAGUGGACAAGGCACUCGAGAGUGAUAAUGGACACCUGGAUCUUUUUCUUCGAUUCCUCCUUGGUUUGUCACUCCAGUCCAAUCAGCGACUCUUACAGGGUCUGUUGACACAGCAAAAUGGAAAUGACCAGAGCAAAAAGGAAAUAGUUCAGUACAUCAAGCAGAAAUUAGAAGCUAAUCUGUCUCCAGAGAGAUCCAUCAAUCUGUUCUACUGUCUGAAUGAACUGAAUGAACAAACUCUGGUGAAAGACAUUCAGACCCACCUUAGCAAAGGAAGUCUCUCAUCUGCUGAUCUUUCACCUGCCCAGUGGUCUGCUUUGGCCUUUGUGUUGUUGACAUCGGAGGAGGAACUGGAGGAGUUUGAGCUUCAGAAAUUCAAGAAAUCAGACGAGUGUCUCAUUAGAUUAUCAGCUGUCAUCAAAACCUCCAAAAGAGCUCUGCUAAAUGAUUGUGACUUAACAGACAAAAGCUGUUCAGCUUUGGCUACAGUUCUUGGAUCAGAUACCAGUCUGAAAGAGCUGAACAUAAGCAAUAAUAACCUGCAGGAUUCAGGAGUGAAGCUGCUCUGCACUGGACUGAAGAAUAUAAAUUGCAAAUUAGAGAUAAUGAGACUUUCAGACUGCAGUAUCACUGAAGAAGGUUAUAAAGCUCUGGCUUCAGCUCUGAGAUCAAACCCUUCACACCUGAUAGAGCUAGAUCUCACAGGAAAUGAUCCUGGACAAUCAGGAGUGAAGGAGCUCAGUGAUUUACUACAGGAUCCAAACUGUCAACUGAAGACACUGAGACUUUCAAACUGCAGUAUCACUGAAGAAGGUUAUAAAGCUCUGUCUUCAGCUCUGAGAUCAAACCCUUCACACCUGAUAGAGCUGGAUCUCACAGGAAAUGAUCCUGGACAAUCAGGAGUGAAGCAGCUCAGUGAUUUACUACGGGAUCCAAACUGUCAACUGAAGACACUGAGGGUUAACGGAAGUUCGAUUACAGAGAAACAGUGUCUCAUCUUGACUUCAGCUCUGAAAUCAAACCCAUCACACCUGAGAGAACUGUACCUGAGCUGGAAUAAACUAGGAGACUCUGGAGUGAAAAACCUCAGUGAUCUACUGAUGAACACACAAUUCAAGCUGGAGAAACUAGAUCUGUGUAGAUGCAGGAUUACAGAGAAACAGUGUCUCAUCCUGACUUCAGCUCUGAAAUCAAACCCAUUACACCUGAGAGAACUGAACCUGAGCUGGAAUGAACAAGGAGACUCUGGAGUGAAAAACCUCAGUGAUCUACUGAUGAACACACAAUGCAAACUGAAGAAACUAGAUCUGCGCGUAUGCAAUAUUACAGAGAAACAGUGUCUCAUCCUGACUUCAGCUCUGAAAUCAAACCCAUCACACCUGAGAUCACUGGACCUGAGCUGGAAUCAAAUAAAAAACACAGGAGUGAAUCCGUUAUGUGACGUACUGAAGGAUUCACACUGUAAACUGGAGAGAUUGAGGUUAAAUGAUUGUGGCUUAACAGACAAAAGCUGUUCAGCUCUGGCUACAGUUCUUGGAUCAGAUUCCAGUCUGAAAGAGCUGAACAUGAACAAUAAUAAUCUGCAGGAUUCAGGAGUGAAGCUGCUCUGCACUGGACUGCAAAAUAUGAAGUGUCAUUUGGAGAUACUGAGGCUAAAUGAUUGUGGCUUAACAGACAAAAGCUGUUCAGCUCUGGCUACAGUUCUUGGAUCAGAUACCAGUCUGAAAGAGCUGAACAUGAGCAAUAAUAACCUGCAGGAUUCAGGAGUGAAGCAACUCUGCACUGGACUGAAUAAUAUAAAUUGCAAAUUAGAGAUAAUGAGACUUUCAGACUGCAGUAUCACUGAAGAAGGUUAUAAAGCUCUGGCUUCAGCUCUGAGAUCAAACCCUUCACACCUGAUAGAGCUGGAUCUCACAGGAAAUGAUCCUGGACAAUCAGGAGUGAAGCAGCUCAGUGAUUUACUACAGGAUCCAAACUGUCAUCUGAAGACACUGAGGUUUUUGGGUCCUGCUGCAGAUGAAGCCUGUUGGUAUGUAACUAGAAUUGUGGGUAAAAACCCGUUACUCCUGAGUGAGCUGAAUCUGAGUGAACAUGAACUAGGAGACACACGAGUGAAUCAGAUCGCUGCUCUACUGCAGGAUAAACACUGUCAACUCAACUCACUGAUUCUGAAUAACUGCUGUAUCACAGAAGGAGGUUGUCAUGUUCUGGCUGCAGCUCUAAACUCAAACCCUUCAAAUCUGACAGAGCUGGAUCUGAGUGAGAAUAAACUAGGAAACCCAGGAAUGAAGAUCAUUUUGACUCUGUUUGAAAAUGUACAGUGUAGACUGGAAAAGCUGAAGUUAAACUGCAUCAGUAUUACAGAUGAAGGUUGUGCUGCUCUGGCAUCAGCGUUUAAUUCAAACCUCAGAGAGCUGGAUCUGAGCAGGAAUCAAAUAAGAGACUCUGGAGUGACAGAAAUCUCCAGUCUGCUGAGAAAUUCACAGACACUACAGAUACUCAGGUCUGAAUCUGGUUAAUCUAAACAUGAAUCAAUGUAAAGCUCCAGCUGGUCUGUAAACUGGUGCUGUGUCUCAAGGAAUGGGUCAGAAAUGUCAAGUUGGUGAAGAUACAUUUAUAAAAUAUUGACAAACAGAUUGCUUUUUUGAGGUGAUGGGAAAUGUUAAUAUGUCUUUCUGUAGACUUUCAAACUGCAGUAUCACUGAAGAAGGUUAUAAUAGUUGCAAUCAAAAUUAUUUUGACCUGCAAGACAUUUUGCUGUAUAGAACACAAUUUUAUGAAAACCAUUCAACAAAUGACAUCAGUAAAGUAUUAGAGAGUUUUUUUUAAAUACAAUUUUAAGUGAUUCUGAGAAUGUAACAUUGAAUGUAAGAUUAAUGAUAAAAUUCAAACUGGCUCUAAACAUUCAUGUUCAAAAUUAUUCAACCCCCAAAAAUCUUUGGUUUUCACAUUGCCACUGCUU